ACGGGCGCGGGAGCGAAGCGAGAGGUUCUCUCCUCGGUCUGCUCGUAGAUGAAAUGCGUGGCCUGAUGGGUUCCACGGCUUUCUAAUGGACGGGUUAUCGCCGCCGUAUCGGUUCACGUUCCUAGUUUCGGCGAAGAGAGCCUUGUAGAUUAAUCCCGGAUAUACGCCUACAGGAGACUUUGACGACGAAUUCCAAUCGCGACCUGCUGGUUCUUGUGGUGGCUCUAUGCCCGAGACGGUCUGACAAUGGAAAUCUCACCGUGCAAGUUAUUUGUGGUGGUGCUCUUCAACCUUCUCGGCGUAGGCUUAUUGAUGGUCAGCCAAAAUACGUCCACGAUCGUCAGGAGUCUGGCUGCCGGGAAAGUCGUCCUGUCAGAGGGUUCUGAGGCGGCUCGCACUUUCGCAGAGCCUCCCGUUCCAACUCAUAUCAAGUUCUACUUUUUCGACUUGUCGAAUAUAGAUGAUUUCCUCAAGCAGGGUAAGAAGCCCAUCCUUCAAGAGAAAGGCCCAUACGUGUUCAGAAUUUCGUCGAGCAAGACGAUGACAUGGAACGAUUCGAAGAUAACCUACGAGCCUAAGAAGAGCUACGUUUUCGUCGAGUCGGAGUCUGAAGGCAAUCGCUUGAGUGACACCAUAACGACCGUCAAUCCGGGAGCGAUGACGGCUCUGAUGUUCGGUGCCGAAGGCAUCAAAAACACCUUCAAUACCGCAACCGUCGGGGAGUUUCUAUUCGAGGGCGUCGAAGCGGACGAUGGGGAAAAAUAUGGUUAUUACUAUAAUAAAAAUGGAUCAAUCGAAGGAACAUUCGAAGCUUCCACCGGGGGAGGAGGACAUAUCGAGGAUCUCAAUCAAAUCAUCACCGUCGAUGGGGAAUCAGAUCUGAUGUGCGAAAAAGUGCGCGGAACAAAUGGCGAAAGAUUCGCGCCCUUCUCCGUGCCCCCUCCAACCUUAACUUUCUACAGUCCAUCUUUGUGUCGACCCUGGAAUCUCCACUACGCCGAAGUCGUUACUGUCAACGAUCUGAAAUGUGUCCGUUAUUCUAGUGGACGCGACUUCUUCUCUCCGACAUUCGACGAGAAACUUGACAGGUGCCUUGCAGAGGAUCUGCCUGCAGAAGACGUCAACAUCCGGGGAGUUUUCAAUGCAGCCAAAUAUCUCGGGUCGCCCAUUCUACUCUCAUUGCCUCACUACCUCAACGCGGAUCCCAAACUCGGGGCCCCCAUAACGGGGCUGUCGCCAUCGGAUAAGAAGCAUAAUUUCUACAUGGAUGUGUACCCGGAACUCGGUUUUGUUCUCGAUAUGAGAAUCCGAGUCCAGGUGAAUUUCCGACUCAAGAAGACCCUUCUCUCGAGCCCCAUGGAAAUUAUCUACCCAAUCUUCUGGCAAGAAAUGAUGCUGCUCGAUGAAGACAGCAAGGAAGCUGCGUCGAUUGUCUACAAGAAAGUCAAAUUUUCGGAGACGGCUAUGUAUUGGACAACUUUGGUUCUCGGCGCCUUGUUGAUCUUGGCGGCAGAGAUCUUCCUCCUCAGUGGAAUAUGUUCGAAAGAUUCUUCAGACGAUUACGGGGCGGCAGACGACGCUUACGUGACUUACAGUUCUCGUAACGAUAGGAGCCGCGUCAACCUACGAUCGUUAGUGAUUUGCUGCAGUCUGUCGGGUGUUGGAUUACUGUUGGUGAGCCAAAACACCCCGGCAAUGGUCAGAUAUAUCGCAGCCAGGAAAGUCAUUUUAUCCGAAGGAUCCGAGGCAGCGAAAAGUUUCGGAGCACCUCCCCUUCCCUCUCAUCAGCGGAUCUACUUCUUCAACUUGAGGAAUAAGAAACAAGUUCUAGAAGGAGGCAAACCCAUUCUGCAGGAAAUGGGUCCAUACGUUUUCAGAAUCGAGUCCGAGAAGACACUCAGAUGGGAGGGAAACAAGAUCCUCUACGAGCCGAAGAUGACCUAUUUUUUCGAGGAGUCGGAAUCGGAGGGCAAGCUCAGCGAUGUAAUCACAACGCUCAAUCCCGGCUCAAUGACGUUCGCGAGCUUCGACCCAUCAAUCGUGGCAAAUAUUUUCGACACUGCGACUGUAGGGGAGUUUUUAUUUGACGGCGUGAAAUCGAGUGACGGGGGCGCCUACGGGUAUUAUAAAGGAGGUAAUGGAACGAGUGGAAAAACUACCGAAGCCUUCACCGGACAAGGAGGUCACAUCGAAGACCUGAAUCGCAUCGUCUCCUACGAUGGCGAAACGGGUCUGAAUUGCGAGAAGUUUCGCGGAACGAAUGGCGAAAGAUACCCUCCUUUUUCUAUUCCUCCGCCCAAAUUGACUUUCUUCAAUCCACUCUUAUGCCGACCCUGGGAUCUUCAUUAUACCGGACCGGUCAAAGUCGGUGAUUUGGAUUGUAUUCGGUAUUCGGCUGGUCCUGAUUUCUUUUCGCGCACAUUCAACGAGAAAUUGGACGAGUGUAUCGAGCUGGGUCUUCCAAAGGAAGAUGUCGGGAUUCGGGGGAUUUUCAAUGCUGUGAAAUGUCUUUAUACGCCUGUCAUGUAUUCUUUGCCUCAUUUUCUUAACGGGGACCCCGGACUCCGCCAGAACGUUUCCGGUUUGGAGCCUACGUCGGAUAAGCACAGCUUCUACAUGGAUGUCUACCCGGCAUUGGGCGUAGUACUAAACAUGAGAGCUCGACUCCAAGUGAAUUUCCGCCUCAAGAAGACAGGAGACGAUGCGGGGAAAUCGAAGCUGGAGGAAGUUAUCUAUCCGGUCUUUUGGCAGGAAAUCAUGUUGCUCAAAGCAAACAGCGAAAAAGCCGCAGCGAUGGCCUACAAGAAAGUCGUGCUCUCGGAGAAGGCAUUGUUCUGGACGAGCCUGACGUCCGGCUUCUUAUUGGUUUUCGCUGCUGAAGUCCUCCUCGUAAUUGGAAUCUGCUCGAAGACCUCAUCAGAUGAUUACAGGGUUGGUAAUGAUGCCUACGUCACGUAUUGCGCCGAGAACGAAAGGAGCCAGGUGAACAUGCGAAGGCGACGUCCCGAAAACGGUCGGAAUGCUUCGACCGACCACCGGAACGGCGUAGAAUAAAAGCACUGAUAUCUCCCA